AUGCUACAAGUGGAAGCGAAAAGCUUGAUUCAGGAUAUAUCACCAUCUUCCCCUAGUAAAACAGAGCUAUUCAAGAAUGAAAACGAAUCGGUGGAUCUUUUGUUACAGGAAAUGGAAAUUGAUGUUGACACAAUGAAGGUAAAUGAUGCUGAUGCUGAUGCUGAUGCUGAUGGUAAUUGUCCCAGCUUGGCAGCAUCGGCCAAUAACACGCCAACUAAACCAUUAAAGUUCCCCACAACAAAUACAAGGAACUUACCAGACUCAACAAGGAAGUCACCAGACUCAACAAGGAAGUCACCAGAGUCAACAAGUAACUCACCAGAGCCAACAAGGAACUCACCAGAUUUGGGUAAAAGGAACUCGGCAGACCCAAAUUCAAGCUCUGAUACUUACACUAGCGAACACGACCCUGAUCAAAUAGCCAUUACUGACAUACAAAAGACAGCUCUAGACUUGAAAUCUUCCUUGGACCGGAAUUUUGAUAUCGACAACUCAAUUGAGUUGCAACAAACCAUUGCCAUCACUGACUCAAUUGCAGAUCACGUAGAUGAAUUUUCAUUCCAAACACCAAUGAAUUCGACAGUAGAUUUAACUUCAAAACCAGAAUAUUGCAACACAUCCCCAAGCAAAUCGAUCUUACGAAAAACACCAAAUUCGUCGCCAAAAAAAGUUGCAUUUACAUCAAAAAACCCCGAAGUUCACCAAUAUCCAGAGCUUUCCAGUAAUGUCGAAGAAGAGGUAAAACAAGACCUCGCAGUACAAGUUCCAGUACACCACCAAUGGACACAACCAAAUAUACAUUCAGAAAACGAGAAUGUCAGCUCGCCACCUCCUCUCCCUCCACCACACACUAGCAAACCUACAUUUUCACAGCUUUUGAAAAGCAACAAUAUUAUAGAGGAUGAGAUGGAGGCUGACAACAACAACAAUAAUAAUAAUAAUAAUAACGAUGGUUCAGAAAGUUUGACUCAGCUCAAGUUGAAACAUGAUAGUUUUAGUAACUUGUCAUUAAAUGAGAAAGUGAACUUGUAUUUGAAACCUGAUAUCUCCGAACUAGAUACUCGGCUUGAGCAAUUAACCGAGGCAAGAAAACAUAAAACGGCAGAUAAUGUCCAUCUGUUGUCAUUUGGUCUACAAACUUCAGUUCCUGCUAUUGAAAACCCUUUGAUAUCUUUGCUGAAGACGCCUGAUGUUCAAUUAAGGUCCUCCGGAUCUUCUUCUUCUUCAUUACAGUCACUCAGAGAACACAACCGAGGCCUAAGCUCGAUACCGGGUUCGCCUACCAAAGCAAAUAAAGGGUUGGUUUUGAAAGAUGGCAUUCGUGGUUUGCUGGAUUCGGCUCUUGAAUCGUUACUACCUAGAGAUGAGUCUGUGGAAGGAUUGGUUAUGCUGCCACCAAAGAAAAAGGAGGGUGAAGAGCAGAUGGACUCUUUUGAAAGGUCAUAUAAAUAUACAGAACAGUCAAUUUUGAAUUUGUUGAACAGCACAUCUCAACAAUUUCUGCCUAAGAAAGUGGAACUGACAACAGCAAAGGGAGCUACACCGGAAGUUAAUGUUGCAAUUAAAAAGAAGAAAUUGGAUGAUGAACAAACUGUUGAUGCUACUACAAAGUUGAAACAAGAGGAUGAAGAAGAAGAAGAAGAGGAUGAAGAAGAAGAGUUUCAUUUCAACAAGCAGAGCUCCAUUUAUCAGCCAGAGGAAUCCGACGAAUCAAAGCAAGAUGAAUCUAAAAUGUCAAUUCGUUUCCAUAUAGACAGUGAUUGGAAGCUUGAAGACAGCAAUGAUGGUGACAAAGAAGACAACGAUGAAGCCAGUCGAGUAUACGAUAUUUCCAACUUGAUCAAAGAUGAAACCAUCCCUCAAGAUGAUAAUGAUGGCGAAGCUAUGGAGGACAACAGUGACGAAACUAGUCGUCGAGACUACGAUGCCUCCUCUUCCAGCUUGAUCAAAGAUGAAAGUAUCUCCCAAGGUGAUGACGGAGACUCACUGAAAAAUCAGCCAAUUGCAAGAACACCGUUAACGCUUACUAACGUGUCACUUGCACCUCCACGGCCUGUGUCGCCAACAAAAAAGGAGAUGAAGAGCUCGAAAGGCGAACAAGAAGAUGUAUUGGCCAACUCCUCUAAUAUAGCACCUGAUGAAAUAACCUUGCCCCAGAUUGAGACCAGCAACUAUUCAUCUUUUGAUGAAGUAACGAGAACUAUGAACACGCUGUCGAGUUUUGAACAAUCGUUGUCUGCGGAAAACGAUGCAGAACGAAACAAGUUGGACAAUUUUAUUUCAAUCUGGCACUAUCAAGAGAAACAAAAGAAGAAACAGGCCCACAAAGUACCCACUGCAAAAGUUAUUUCUCCUUACGAUGAUGACUUUUUGGAGAGGAAAAAGAGUAGCACGUCAACUAACAGAGUGAGAAUACCGAGUUCAAUGAAUGGAAAAAAGUUGAAGGAGGUGAAUGUUGUGUCAAGAAGAAUCGUUAGUCCAGACUUUGACGAGUUGUAUAUGUCUGGAUUUUUACCAGAUUUAUCAAAAGAUUCCGGAUUCAAUGAUUUACUGUUUUCUAAUUAUUCAAAUAUAAUAGGCAGUAGGGCUACGACUGCUGGUGCUGGUGCUGGUGCUGGUGCUCAUGCUGGUGCUCAUGCUGCUCCCCUAAGUACAAAGAACGUGUUGUCAAGUAUAGACAAUUAUCCAGAAGUGGUUGAGCCUCCAGAGCCAAGAUCACAUAGUGAAAUUAGACAUUCCACUAUUACAUGGAGAUCUAAUCAAAAGACACUAGAUACUCAACAUCCUACUAAGCCAGUAUUCCCCAAAAAAUCAAAGUUCAGGGUGCCAACAUUUGAAAUUAAAAGAUCGUCAUCCGUUCUUUCUCCGGGUAAUAUGUACAAUGACAUUUUCGACGAUGUGUUAAAAAAGCCACCAACAAUUCGUUCGGAAGGGAUGAAGACAUUACCUAGUAUGGACAAAGACGACGUGAAACGUAUACUUAGUACAAAGAAGGGAAUGUCUCAAGAUGAGUAUAUAAAUGCCAAAUUUGUCGAAAAGAAACCAAAGAAGAAUUCAAUAGUAACGGAACAAAACGAUCUUUACGAUGAAAUACAACAAGCAGCUUCCAUCCACAAUACAGAUUUGGACUCUCCGAAAUCUCGUCAACCUUCAGGACUGGACGUCUUGCCUUAUCUUGCAGAGGAAUUGAGAAAGUCGCCAAUGGCCUUUGUGUCAGAUAAUGUGCCCGGGUAUCUAUCAUUGCAAAGCCCUUCCAUUGCAAAUUCAAAUACAUUACCAGAACCAGAAUUCGAGGUAGAUGUUUCUCCUAAUACACCUAAGCUGCUGUCGGAUGCGAUUGAUGCUUUGGACAAUAUAACAAACAUUAAAGUGGAUACCACUCUUCAUCAAAAAGAAAACCCACCUUCUACUCCAAAAAUAUCUCCUCAAACUAAUUUAAAACGAGUUUCACCAAACAAGAAGAGUCCAAUAAAGAUUGGGUCACCCAUGAGGUUGAUCAAACAGGAUGGUGCUAUUACCGGUAUUGAAACUCCUGUAAAAGAACCCCGGACGAGUGUGGAUAACAUGCAACAGCACAGAUCACAACAAACAUUUAAAGGAAACGAGAUUUUGCACCCAAAAAUCAGGGAAAAUCCAACUAAUGAGAAAAUCAAAGAAAAGCAAGCUAUUGCAAGCACUGUUUCGGUACCCUCUCAGUUUUCUGAAGAGGAGACACAACAACAACAACAGCAACAACAGCAGCAGCAGCAGCAGCAGCAGCAGCAGCAGCAUACCAAAUCAGACCCCAAAGCCAUUGAUGAAAAAGUUCAUCAUCAUAAUGGUGUGCAAGAGCGUGGAAAAUUGUUUUUCAAGGUUAUAGGGUUCAAAAAUAUAAACUUGCCGGAUUUGAAAUUGCACAAUGGUAAAUUUUCCAUAACUUUGGAUAAUGGUGUACACUGUGUUAAAACACCUGAGUAUGAUUUGGAUAGAAAUCAAGUUGCAGUGGGUAAAGAAUUUGAAUUGACUGUGAGCGAUACAUUGCAGUUCAUCUUAACCACAAAGGCUGUCUAUACCAAACCGAAAGGAACAUUGGUUGAAGUACGUGAGAGAAAGCUUGUAAAAUCUAAAAAUAGAUUUUCCAGAUUUUUUGGCUCGAAAGAUCUCAUUACAACGACAAGGUAUGUUCCAAGUGAAAUCCAGGAUAGUUGGGCUGAUAAACUUGCUACUGACGGGUCUUUUGCUCGGUGCUAUAUUGACUUGGAACAGUUUGAGACCCAAAUAACUGGUCAGGUUAUGAAGUUUGAUUUAAAUUGUUUUAAUGAAUGGGCAACAACCACAACCAGGAACCAGAACCAUGUAGCUGGCAGAAUCAAGCCAUAUAAGAUUGCACAGGUGGAAGUAGAGAUGUUGUUUAUACCACGCACCGAUUCACACGAAACACUACCAAUGAGUAUCAAGUCAGCUUAUCAGGUUUUGGAGGAAUUCAACAAAGAGGCGCACGACCUGUAUGAGGGGUAUUUACAUCAAGAGGGUGGCGAUUGUGAGAUUUGGAAAAAGAGAUGGUUCAAAUUAUAUGGAACUUCUCUAAUUGCGCAUCUGGAGUUUAGUCACAAGACUAGAGCCAAGAUAAAUUUGAGCAAAAUAGUAGAUGUGGUGUACAUUGGAAAACAAAGCGCAGGUAAAUCAGAGCAAAGAAAAUUUAGUGACGUUCUUCUUGUUGAACACUCCUUCAAAAUCAAGUUUGCCAAUGGUGAAAUUAUCGAGUUUGGGGCUCCUAACAAACAAGAAAUGAAAAAAUGGGUAGAGAUAUUAGAGACAAUUGUCUACAGAAACAAUCUCAGACGCCAAGCAUGGGUCAAAUUGAUGCUUGAGCAAAAUAGAAGAAUGUAG